CAAUAUUUAAACGAUCCACAGGAAGAGUCUGGUAAAGAUGGUUGCAUGCAGAAGGACACUCUUCAUCUGUGUUUCAAAACACAAACCGUUUCAAGUUAUUGCUCUUGAGAUUAUGGGAGUAUUAAUGAAAAGAAAGAAUACAAUAUCUUUCAAAGUCGUCUAAAACAUUACAGUGGUAUUCCUUGUUUGUCAAAGACUAAACAAAAACCAUGUUACCUUUACCUCAGAAAGAAAAUUCAUUGGAUUCCUACUUCAGAACUCUAGAUCUCAACAGGGAAUCUGAGAGAAAUGAUAUGCGGUACGAAUGGCUGCGCUUGAGAUCAUUUUCGACUUUUCCACUGACUACCACUUCACACAGUCCUGUUCGGCUUGCUCGAUCUGGAUUUUACUAUACGGGAAGAAACCAAGAAUGUGUUUGUUUUUCCUGUGGAGUUCAUAACUCGGAUUGGACAGAGUCCAGUGUUACAGAUAUACAUACACGACUGUGUUCAGAGUGUCGUCAUUUAAACGGACAUGACGUUACGAACAUUCCUAUUGGAUCUAACAACAGCAGUCAAUCCAGUCAUUUGCUUUCCGAGUCUAGUAAUAGAAAGGCAAGCAAUAAAAAUGCAGAGCGAAGAGUAUUGGAAAACACAAACAGGAGCCAAAACUCUACACACACUCAAUGUCAAGCUCCUAAGCAAAACCAGAGACCAUCUAUUCCGCGGUCUAACCAUGUGAGAGAAAUGUUGGAGCCUCUUGGGAUAAAUUUCGACAGGCCAAAGUAUCCAAGCUACUCCGUUUUGGCAACAAGAAUCAGUAGCUAUCAACAAUGGCCUUCAUAUUUGACUCAAACUCCAAAGGAUCUUAGCAUUGCUGGUUUCUUUUAUGUUGGAUAUGGCGACUAUGUUAGAUGUUUCUUCUGCGGAGGUGGGCUGCGAAAUUGGGAGCCAGGAGACGAUGCAUGGGUGGAACACGCCAGAUGGUUUCAAAAAUGUUCUUUUUUGCUCCAGAAUCGCGGGGUAGAUUUCGUCACACUCGUACAAAGCGUCCAAAGCGAACAAGCAGAGGCUACUUUGUCAGAAAAUCUCCCAUCAUCCCUUGAUAUUGAGCAGCUUCCUGCUGCUGUAAAGGUUCAUGAAAUGGGUUACUCAUGGGAGACUAUCAAAGCAACAUAUAUUCAGCUAAAUAAGCCAGUCUCAGAAACAGUUACAGUAGAAGAGCUAAUAGACGAAAUUCUGGCCGAUAAAGUCACACCACCAAAUCCGUCCGAGGGGAACAGUCAGGACAUUGAGACGAACCCUCAAAGUCCAUCUCCUCCAGCUGAUGAAAAUGAACCAAGUAGAACAUAUACUGCUAAUUCUACAGCUAAUGCCGAUCUGUCGAAUGAGCUGAAAUCACUGAGUUUAAAAGAUGAAACAGAGGUUUUAUUGGAUGAAAAUAGACGUCUCAAAGAGCAAAGACUAUGUAGGAUUUGCAUGGAGGAAGAUAUAACUAUUGCCUUUCUGCCAUGUGGACACUUGUGCUGUUGUGCCCACUGCGCACCUGCGAUGCGCAAAUGUCCGAUCUGCAGAGCAUUUAUCAAAGGAACAGUGAAAACCUACCCAGCCUGAUUUAUUUUUCAUGUAUCUGUUUAAUCACCGGACUUUAAUUGAUUGACAUCUACAAGUAUCGUUAACAUAAUAAUGCUUGUUUUCUUAAACUCAGAUGUACAUAUUUUGAUCAUAAAAAUUGUUUUAGCAAAACAAAUUUUUGCACUAAAAUCUAUUUCCUUUUAUAUUACUCGUUACGUUCGGUGUAAUUUUACGUGAAUACUUUUGAUUGUAUUGAUACUCAUUGAAAAUGAUAUAGCAUAUAUACCUAUAAUUUGUUUGUAAUUCUCCCAAUGGUUUGAUUUAUGAUAAUAAUUCUUGUGAAAGUUUUAUCUGUCAAUUAUAAUAGUUAGUGUAUUUGAAAGUGUUUGAUUUUUUUAACAUUAGAGGUUAAUCAUAUAACAGAAUUCAGUCAUUAUUGCUAAUCCUUAUAUUCAUUAUGAUAGUUUCAUAAUUCAACACAGGUAAACACACUUGGCAUAUAUAAAAUGUCGAAAAUGCGUGUGCUGUGCUUAUAAAUUACACUGGUAUUGUUGUCUGCAAUUUUAUAUGUUGUAUUUAAUGCUAAAAAAUAGAUAACCUGCAAAACGAUAAUGUACCUUAAAGCAUUUAUACUGUAGUUUAUUUUAAUGAAAAUUAAACAG